AUGGUGGCUGGAACAGUAGGUGGAGGUGUGUUCGGCACCAUUCGUGAGUCACUGGAAGUAACUGUAUGCGAAAUAGUGUCGGCCAAUAUUCGUGAAUCAGUAGUGCUAGUAGCAGUACAAGUGUUCGUCAAUACUUUUGAAUCAGCUAUGCCGGCAGUACGCCGCGAAGCGUUCGCCGGCACUUUUGAGUCAGUAGUACCAGCAGGGUUACACGGAGCCAUAUUUGCAGUCAUUCCGGAAUCAGUAGAUGAUGGACGUCGAUGA